GCUCUAGGGGAAGACCGUGUGCGUGUGAUAAGCUGUAGAGAGGGGAAACAGUGAAGUAGUGGGGACUGGAGAUCAAGCGCUCAAUGCAAGGAGAGAGAGUAGGAGGAAGGAGAGGGGAGAGGCUGAAUCACAUGGACAGAGAGCCGGAGUGUGUGAGAGGCUUUGUGCUUAAUGUGUGCUUCUCGGGAGAAUGAAUGAUGAGGACUACAGCUCCACUUUCUUCUCCACUGGAUGGUGUUUAACAGGAAUUUAUUUCCACUAAGUCAGCAUCUAAAUACUGGAUUUUGUUCCUGCUGUCAACCUUUGUAUUGCCAAGUGCUCUCAGGAAAUGCCGGAGAGUUUCCCAGUCCAGGAAAUGGUCUCCUGAGUGGUCCCGCCACCACUGCAUCACAAGCCUUAAAACCAGUCUAACCUGGGACAUGACUGCUCUGCUUCCCAACGUCAGUGUUCCUGGGAGUACGGCAGCUUUGCUGGUGACCACUGACUGUCCGUUUAACCUGACUGCAGCUGCUCAGGCAGGACUGGGGUCAGGCCGUUCACUGGCCCCACUAUGUACCGUGUGUUGCUGUGGGGUUCUCAAUCGCACCUUGGCAGUGGCAUUCAUGGUCAGCCUAGCAUUUGCCAUCGUGGUUGGGAAUGUGGUCACGCUUACGGUGUUUGUGCAGACCAGACAGUCAAGAACACCACAGGGAUACCUGAAAGUGUCUCUGGCCAUAGCAGAUAUGAUGGUCGGUGUCCUCGUGGUUCCUUUUUCCAUCUACACUGAAAUCUCUCUGAUGGUAACCAGCACGCCCCCUGUUUGGUAUCAGGGUAGUUCUACUUCCCCUGCCAACUCCUCUUCUCGUGGUGGACUAGUAAGCCCAUGGCAGCCCUGCAUGCUGAUUGGUCCGGUGUUUGCUGGAUGCACAUUUGUUUCCAUCAGCACCAUCUUCCUAAUGACUUUGGAGCGCAGUGUGGCCAUCCUGUGGCCACUCCAAAAGGACGCCUUGGUGACCCGAAGACGAACUCUGUUCCUCAUCCUGUUCUCCUGGGCUUCCAGCUUUCUGCUGGCUUUAGCGCCUCUCAUCUUCAGCAGAAACUUCACUUUGGAGUACAAUGAGUGCAGUCGCAUGUGUAACUACACCCCACUCAUGCUCGGAGGCCAUCUCCCGCCUGAUGCCAACAUCUUGUUGUUAUUCCCAGCGUUCGAUUUCACACUGCUCGGUAGCACAUUGGCUGUUAAUAUCGUUUCUUUCACUAGCAUUCGGCGGUACUCCCAAAAACGCAAACUGCUCUCAGAGGGGAGUCUGAGCGAUGGAGGGGGAGGAGGUGGGGGAUGCCCUCACAGGCCCUCUUUUUCAGACAUCAAAGCAGCCAAAACAAUUGGCAUAUUAACAUUUGCCUUUACAGCAUCCUUCACGCCCAUUGCAGUGUUUGUGCUUGGGAACGUGGUGGGAUACACCUGGUGUAAUUUCUCCUUUUUUGCCUUCUGGAUUCUGACAGGAAACAGUUGCUGUAAUGUUAUUAUUUACAGCGUCAGGGACCACCGCUUCAGAAAGGGCGUGACCCUGCUGUUUCAACGAGAUGAGUCCCCCCCGCAUGGUGAGAAGAACUAAGAGACACGUGAAUACAUUCAGUCAUGAGAAGCAUUUGUGUUGUGGCUGUGACCCAAAGUAUGACUUGGAAUAGUUUAAAAAGUAGAGAAAAGUGAAGAAUGGGUUUAUUCGCUUACUCUGUGAAAAGAUUGUCAGCCCUUUCCUGUUUUCAAAGAGAGGAAAAAGGAACCCUGACUAAUUCAACUUGUGGUCCUUAAUAUGCCAUCAAUAACCUCUCUUGCUAAAGCAUUAUGUUAAAACAUGAAUUUCAUCCAUUACAAAAGCAACAACGUUAUUCCAUAUUAUGACCUAUAAAGGCUGUGAUUAUUUUACAUGUGCAAUGCAGAGUUUGACUCAUUACAUCAGUCUCACAACCAAAAACAUAUUGUAUGAAAGCUACGAAAUGUCUAAAGGAAACAAGAAAAGGGAUAUUAAUCUACACAGUUUUCUCAUCCAUAGCUAGAGAAAGGGCAUUGACUGGGCACAUGUGGAUGAAGACAACUUCCAAAAGACCCCGAGCUGUGUUCCUGGCACUUCUGUCCUAACACAUAUGAUUAAUUUAGAGCUCACAAACACUUUUUUUGUUGUUGGUGAGAAGCAGCAGCUAAGAAAAUGCAGACAGAAGGUGAAAGUGAAAAUAACUUUAAGAUAGACUAAAUGUAAAGGCAGGCAGCAAAAUAUGACUUAUGGCAGGUGCUGCCUUUGAAAGUGCACCAAAGUGUGUUUAAGAGUCUAUAAACAUAAAAGUGUCUUGAGGAGAGAUUGACUAAAUUGAGAAGGUGGACGGUAGGCUGAAAUUACAGGCAGGGAAAGACAUUUUAUCAUAAACUGAUACACUUCCCUUUCACACCGCUCAAGUGGCUGCACAGAAAAGGAUUUUGCCCCAUGCUUGCUUCCUCAGCUCUGUGAUCGUCUUCAUUGUUGGGGAUUUUUAACUUUAUUAGAUUUAUUUAGUGAAGAGGAAACAGAAAGCAGGAAGAGAGAGUGGUGGAAGACACUCCACAAAGGGCCACGGUUCAAAGUCAAAUCCAGUUAAAUGCGUUUAGCCUUUCAGCACAUGGUUGCCUGCUCAACCUGGGAGAAGGUCAUCCUCAUUUUUUGUUUUUUAAUUUUGAGUUAUGCCAACAAUCUUUUCAUGUUCAGUUAUGUCAUUCUCAAAUUUUAGUUGAAUGGGAUGUGCUAUCUAACCUACCCUGGACCAUAAAUAACAAUGGUGGCCUAUUUUUUUAUUUUAAAAAAAACCCCAUCUACAUUACAUCAUGUUUAAGUUGUUGUGGUGUUGUGGGCAUAAUAAGUCAUGUUUUUGUAGUCGCUUUUUUUUUUUUAAAGGUAGUAAACAUGUUUAUUUCUGCUAAGAUGUUGACCAUUUUACCACUGACUUGCUUUUUAAAGCAGCCUCAAGUGGUCAUUUGAAGAACUGCAGUUUUUGGCAAUAAGCAUUACCUUCAUUAUUAAGCCCCAUAUGUUGUUUCUUGGACUGGGUUUAUACAAAGAUGAUCAAAUCUGCCUAUAAACACAUAGAAAGUUUCCUUACCUUUCUUUUUUUUAAUGGAGUUUUUUUUUUUAAAUGUGAGUUUCUGUGGUUCAUGUCCAGGGUAAAAAAUAAAUCAACAAAUAAACAGUUGCCAAGUAACCACUCUAGAUGAUUAUUGGUGUCAACAAAGAAACAAUUUAGUAACAGCUUUGUGAGGUUUAGAAGUGCUGGUAGGCUGAGAGUUUCGUUUUUGUGUCCAGUUUUUAGACCAAGCCAUUUCCUGGUUUAAGCUAAUUAGAGGUGUUUUCAUCACCUAACACGUUUCCAAAAAAGCAGAGGCUCAAGAGUUUCCAUAAGUCAAAUGUAAAUGCCAUUCAAAUGGAAAGACAUAAAAUUUUAAAAGAAAAAGUUCUGAAAAGGUUAAGAAACGCUUUCAGGUUUGUCCACAUAUUAUAGAUCGUGACUGAAAAGGCCAUUAACUGCACAACAGCAAGUGCUUGCAGUGAGUCUACUGCCACAACAAAUCCAUAUCCUCUCCCCUGGUGUCCUUGUUUCCUCUCUCCAAAUCUAAACCUUGCUUUCAAAGGGCUUUAAUGAGCCUUUUGAAAAUUUCAGACAAAAAAGUAUGUCAAGGAGCCACAAAGGCCACAACUGCAUAGUGAGUAGUUUAUUUGUAAUGGAGUUUUUUUUUAAUCUUUUGUUUGUUUUUGUGUUGUUUUUUAAUGACAGAAGUGUUUUUGUCAUCUGUUAAUUUAUAAUGGGGUUUGUUUGUAAUUAGAAAUCACGUUACAGCCUCCUCGUAGGAAACAGUUAAGGUUACAUUUAAAAUCCAUUAAUUCAGUUUAUUUUGAUAACAAUCUGCCUCAAGUAUCAGAAAUGCACUUUAUCAGUUGCUAUGUGAGCCAUUUCCAUUGUGCCAGGUGUCGGACACAAAUAUUAUUUUGGACAGAAUUUUAUUUUUAGCUUUGUAUUUUGUCUGCAUAUUAAAGAAUGAUCUGUGUAUUUAUUAAAUCAGUACUGACUAAAUGAAUGGGACUCCAGCCACAGAGAUGUAGAAUAAAAAACAUUAUGAUUAG